GAUGGCGGCGCCCAUGGGGCGGCCGGUGGCGGCGAUGCCGGAGAAGGAGGAGGAGGAUGAAAAGGAGCAGGAGGCCGGAUUCGGGUCGUGGGAGCCCAGCGGCGCCGCCCCGUACGGGAAUUUCCCCCAGUACAGCCGGUUCCACCCACCGGAAGCGCGGAUCGGGCUCCUUCCGGCCGGGCUGCUGCAGCAACUCUUCCCCGCCGCCCGGGCGGCCGCCACUGCGCCUGCGCCGCUGCUGCUGGGCCUCGACGUGGGCUGCAACUCUGGGGAGCUGAGCGUGGCCCUGUACCGCCACUUGACGGCCCCUCCGGCGGCGGGCACGGGCCCCGGCCCCGACCUGCGCCUCCUGUGCUGCGACAUCGACGCGGGGCUGGUGGAGCGGGCCCGGCGGGCCUGCCCCUUCCCGGGGGCCCUGUCCUUCGUGCGGCUGGACAUCAUGGACCCCGCGGCCCGCGAGCCGGCGCUGGCCUCCUUCCUGGCCCGCCACGGCCGCCGGGCCUUCGACCUGGGCUUCUGCAUGUCGCUGACCAUGUGGGUCCACCUGCGCCACGGGGACGCGGGCCUGCGGGCCCUGCUGGCCCGGCUGGCCUCCCUCUGCCGCUUCCUCCUGGUGGAGCCGCAGCCCUGGCGCUGCUACCGGGCGGCCGCCCGCCGCCUCCGCCGCCUGGGCCGCCGGGACUUCGACCACUUCGGCUCGCUGGCCAUCCGCGGCGACAUGGCCCAGAGCGUGGCCCGGAUCCUCACCGGGGAGCUGGGCAUGGAGCUCCACAGCUGCUUCGGGACCACCCCCUGGGACCGCAGCCUCCUGCUCUUCCGGGCCACCUCCUGACGCCGGCCCGCGGCCUCGGUUGGUCCCGCCGGGCGACGGACGCCGGCCUUCUCCCUCCCGCGGGGACGGAGGGGCGGAUCGGGACCCCGGGGAGUGGGAGCUGGGACCCCCCGAGCUCCCCCUCACCUCGCGGAGGUGAGGAGGCCGGGCUUCAGGGUGAUGGAGCGCUUACUGUGCGCAGAGCACUGGACUGAGCGCCUGGGAGAGGACAGCAGAACAAUAAA